ACUAGUGGAAAAAGGAAUUGAUAACAUUGGGGAAGAAAAUUUUGCAAAGCUAGAAGAUCCUGGACCUUGGACAUCACACAAAAUUAAUAAUUCGAUGGUGCCAAUGAUAGCUAUUCCAAAAUGGACAGGGAAUCCUAAAUAAUUGAUAAUGUGAACAGUAUGGUACAAUAGUGAAUGGGACCUACAAACAGCAUUAUCCCAGUGUGAAGAUAGCUACGCAUGGACAAGGUGAAAUAAACACAGCUGUAAACGAUGGUUCUGAUAGUGUUUGGCACAGAUGAACCUGACCACAAGUUGUGGAGGUUGGACCUGACCAGUCAUUAGAGAGUGAAGGAGGUGGUACGGCUUGAACACAGUAUGUGCUCUGAGAUACCACAACUGUUAGGCGUGGAGGACAAUAUGCCAGGGGAGCCUGGAUGGGACUUUGACUGAACCUCAUCUCUCUGACUCGGAUUGGGAGAAUGCAACACUCCAUGACCGCCAACAGCAAAUGGGAAUCACUGAUGCUGCAGGACUCACCAUUGGCCAGUUCCCUGCCUGGGCAGUGAUAAUCAUGGGCAGUGUGUUCCUGACCGAAAACAAAGCCAACUCUCUGUUAAAAAGAUACCCAAGAGCCAAUGGAUUUUUGGAAGAGCUAAAGCAAGGGAACAUAAAGCGUGAGUGCAUAGAAGAAAACUGUACCUAUGAGGAAGCAAGAGAAGCUUUUGAAAACGAUGAAAAGACAAGGGAGUUCUGGAAAGAAUACACAAAUGGAGGACUCCAGGGAGAAAGUAACACAGGACAUCAUUGGUAUACAUUUUACCUCGCAUUUCCAUUAAUCAUUGGCCUUUUUGUUAUCCUCCUUAUCAUAUUUCUUAUAUGGAGAUGCCUGUUUAAAAAGAAAAUGCGUAGACAGUCUGUAUACAUGCAUAGGGGAGCCCGCGAAGCCAUUGGUGAUAGUGCUGUGGCUGAUGGUAGAAGUCCUCUUCCCCCGCCGCUCAGCAUUGUUCAUUCCCCGCAGGAAGAAAUGUAUGAAGGCAGUGGGCUGUCUCCAGGAUAUUUGGGCUCUCCAGAUGGACGUUCAGACUCAAUAUCAACAAGGCUGUCAAACGGUGACCCUCCUCCUUCAUACGAGGAAGCCACUGCCGAAACCUGCAUAAGAAAUGAAACGGAGCAUCACUUAGAUCCACCCCCACAGUAUGAAGACAUUGUAAACUCCAGCUCAGCUACUGCCAUUGCAAUACCUCCUGUUGUCACCAGUAUUAAGUAAAAGCAGGAAGAAUAGUGGCAACUUUUUAAAAUUACUAAGAGAAUCUUGUAGCACUUUAAUGCAGCUUACUACCGUUUAUAUAAUUUAAUGGACUCGUACUGUGUACCUCUUCCCUGUUUUGUUCCAUCUGCGUGUGUUCCCGUGCCAGUUUUAAAGAUGGGGAAUCCAUACUGAGAGUAUGGAGCAGGUACAAAUGUGGUCUCCUGUGCAUACCUCUCAAAUGUCCCUCCGUUUGAGGGUUGUCAUUUAUUUUAGUCUGAAAUGUUGCCUAUGUUCCACACAAAUUUUAUGUCACCUUCCUUUUAGUGUUGAAAAUUAUUUACAUCAGAAUCAAACACUGGUAACAGAAAGUUAUUUAAACCAAAGGUCCAUGGCCUACGGCAUUUUAAGUUUCUUGCAUGAAUAUUUUGUCUUUCAUUUUGGGUCUUUGUCACAUACUGUAUCCUACGCUUGGGCCUUGGAAGGCUGAGAAAAGUAUUUGUGUGUGAACAAACAUCAACAUAGCAUAUUCACCCAGCUUAAAUAUGAUACUUCAGGGAUUGCAGUAAGUGAGACUAAGAAAUUUUGGAACACAUCAGCUGUACUUGUACAGAGGGCAGUAAUUAAGUGAAUUUUGCAAUUGGGGAAAAAAGAUAGCAUAAUGUUCUUAUCCCCUCUGUUCUCCAUCCUUCCCUUCAGUUAGUCCUGUUUAUGAUGAUGUCUUGUUUCUGGAACAUCUGAUUUUUUUUUUUUCUUAAGUGAAUUUAGUUCUUGUGAAAGGUACUAGAUUGACAAGCUCUAGACAUUAAAGUUCCCUCUGCACUGCAGACCAGUUAAUGCACUGCCUCUGGGCACACAGUACCAAACCAAUGUGCCUCAUCACUGACAUGCAGAAACUGCCUAGAAGGGGAUGAUCAUAGUUUACUCUUCACGCCAACACACAUAGUGGUCUCUUCUGAGCCUGCCAACAGGCUGCCAGUUGCAAUGGUGUCUUUUAUGUAUGUGGAUUUCUUUCCCUACGAAAUGCAUGAUGAUCACUCAUUUCACAUAGGCCAUUAAGCAGUUGUCAGAUAACCUCUGGUCAUUUCCACUCUGCUCUGGAUUUAUGCCAAUGACUGAAAGUUGUAAUGCUCAGUAUUCCACUACCAGUCUCUUGAACCAACCAAGCCUCUGUAAUGUUCCUGAACUAAAAUGUGUUGCAACAUCGUGCAGAUAUUAUUUGCAAUAAAGAAAUAAUGCUUGUCCUUUGAAAUAAAGAGAUCAAAUGUUCACAGUGAUCCAUGAUAACUUUCAGAACUAUGCUGCUGAUUGAAGACUCCACACAAGCACAAUUUUAAAUUCACUGGCCAAAAGUCUCAGUGAAUGCAAUUUACAUGACUAAACAAGAAACUGCAUAAAGCAGUCACUUAAAAUGUUCUUUCCUCUACUAAGAUAAGUGCUUUUUCUCGUAUGCUGGAAUGAUUCCAAAUUACAAAAAAUAUUUUUUUAGCUUUAAAAGUUAAGGGUUCUAUUAAAUGUAACAAGUUACAGAACUUUUAUUUUAUGCUUGGCCUUUCUGAUAUGAUUAAAAUGACAGUUUGACUUGUAGUGGUUUUUAUAAAGCUUUAUUUUUUCAAACUAUAGCUUCUACUUUUUCUUCAAUUGUAAUUACAUUGUCCCACAAUAAAUGUGAUGCUAAGAUUUACAGCCUUACCUCUCUGAAUGUUUUACAAGUAAGAACAUGCAGUACUCUCUUGACUGACUGCCAGAAAAUUCAGGGUAUUGCACUCCCUGCUUUGACUGUAACACUGAGAGGUGAAUCUUGUACAGAACUAAAAUGAUUUGUUUACUAAUGACCAACAUGGAGAUGGGUGACUUGUUUAAGAAAUUACGGAAAUCAGAUGAUUUAGAGAUUGUUUAAUUUUGGACACCCGUGGGGAGGUAGUUCCGUCUUCACUGCGUGUAAAUAACCUAUUUGAUUACAGUAUUAAAUUUUUUUAAAGAUCUGGUUUACAUUAAAUUAUGGUAUUUAAACAUUUUGCUUAUGUUUAUAGAAGAUUUUUUGUUAAUGUUUUUGGCAUGCUAAAUAAAGCUAUCCUUAAAUUCU